AUUCGUACAUUAUUUUAAGCUAUAACGAGUACAAAAUAUUGUGCCAUGUAUGAUCUAUUUAUAUUAAUGAUUACGUAUUUUAGAAUUCGAACAUGCAACUGUAGCAUAAAAAUAGUUAAAAAUGGAAAAUUGUUACUGGAAUCCCAUAAUAAAAUCAUAGCUUAUACGCAUGACUGUAACAACUAAGAGAUAUUGUUCAUAUAAAAGAAAUAAGAGCUGGAAGACUAACUUAAUCUUUACCAGGUCGCGAACAUUUGGGGAUAGCGCACCCCGGUAUCAGUUACAAUGACCCAUCUUUUUUAAGUAUUUAAAGUUUAACAAUAAAUAAAGAUUUUAAUCUAUAUAGCAAACCAGCGUUUUAUCAAAAUAUUAUCUCCAUUGAAAUAAAUCUUGUUUCGAGUAUUAAAUUGUGCGCAGGCCGUGUAAAUGUAGAGAUUAAAGAUAAAAAACUUAACAAUUUAUUUCAGAUAUCGUAUGGUCCUUCUUUUAUAUCACCUACAAUGGACGGUAAAUAUUCAUUCCUAUGUUAACUUGAUAUAAGAAGCGUGUAAUAAAAUACUUCCAUUUGAGUAUCAAGUUACGGCAUUAAGUUUUCAUUAUCGCUUCUUUGAAAAGCUAUUUAAAGUCUUCAAAAUCAAUAUUUUAUAUUUGUCCUAAUUAUUUUCAACUUUAUUUAUUGAAUUCAUAGCUGCAGUCGUAAAUACACGUGUUAACCGGUGAGGAGUGGAAGCAGUGUCAGAAUAAUUCAUUUUGUUUUUCUUUAGUCCUGCAAUUUUGCUGAAAAAGAUAUCACAGAAAAUCAUUUCUAUGUUAAGAAGAGCAAUGUUGUGAAUCAAACUGACAUUCAUCUAGUCAAAUGAACCUGUCUCAAGCAGAAGAACAGGACAGUCCAGAGCUUUUUAAAGCUUUCCUUAACCUUUUAGAACAAAAUGAUGAACUGCCAGAAAAUAUAUUAAUGUUUGGAAUAAGUGGGGCUGGAAAAAGUUCUCUUAUCAAUACAAUACAUAAAGUGUUAACAGGGAAAUAUUUUGAAUUAGCUGUAACUGGACGCGGUGCAACGCAAACUUUAACAAAGGAGUUAAAAAGGUACGAAAACUGUGGAGUUAAGAAAAACUGGAUAGCUGACUCAUCGUAUAAAGAAAGGAUUGUUCGUAUGAUUCCAAAGUUUCCAAAUUUGAUAGAUUUUGCAGGCUUAAAAAAUGAAAAUAACAACAAUUUACGUGACAUUAUCGAACUUAUCUUAGGAGGAUACAUCCCGCCAAAUAUAACAAUAGAAGCUUUGGAAGAAAUCCAAAACAAAUACGGAAUGGAAGGUCUUAAAGUACAAUACAACAAACAAAACCCUUCGUGGAAAGUCGAUAGAAUAAUUGUGACACAUGGUUGUACAGACUUAGUCCCGAAAAUGCUGCUAGAAGCAUUGAAACACGUUUUGAGUUUAUACGAUUCGGAAACAGGCAAAAGGCUUUACCAUUGCAGACUAUAUUUGCUCAUCACAAAAUAUGAUCAAAUUAUUGACAAAGACCAAACAAAGAGAAAGAAAACAUAUCUGCACGAAAAUGACUGCAAUAUUGAAACUGUAGAGAAAGAACUUCUAGAAACACUCAACAUGGAAGGAGCUUUCGAUAGCAAAGGACAGCGCUGGGUAAAUUUGACAGAUGCCAAUAAACAUGAAGAUGCCCAGGUGGAUAGGGAUACAUUGAUAUUCUUAAAGAAACUUGUUCAGCCUAUCCCAAAGCAGGAAAUAAAUCAUGAUUCUCGCGGAUGGCAAACUAGACUUCAUCUCAAAUUGCUAUAUUUCAAGCAAAACUGUCCAGAUAUGCUUUCAAAUUUUCAUCAAGUACUUAUAUUUCUGACGAUUGUAGCAAUUGUGGUAGCAGUUUUGUCUCAUUUAGCGGACAAAGAUCCUGCAAAUAGCGCCAAAUCUUGAAGAAAAAAAACAAACAAUUGACAGUGUUUUGUAUGUAUUUUCUAAAAUUGACAUGUAUAAUUAUUUCUUGAUUUCUCUCCUAUUUUGUACUGUUUUCGUACAUUUUAGUUAUUUACUAGCAAUUUAAUUUGUUAAAUUACACAUCAAAACAAAUUUUGGUUGAGAAGCUUAAGGACAAUAUUUUGCUUAGAUGCAAUGUUCUUUUUAACCUUUAUUGCAAAGUAAAAUACAUGCAAUGUUCAUGAUAGUUUCAACAUGCGUUGUAUAUUUAUUGGCGUCCGCGCCGAAGCGCGGCGCCUUAUGGAAUGAAAUGAGAUUUUGUGAAAGGGCGACAGCAACUUCUCGAGCCUUUUAUUCGGUCAUAAUAAAAGCCGAUCAUUCCGAUCGGUAUGAGGGUGCUUGAUUAUUAUAAAGUUGCAAUAUGUACAAUGAAUAGCGACCUGGAGAAUUUCGCAAUGCAAACAUUUUCAAAUGAAAUAACAUUUUCCGUCUCUU